AACCAGGUAUCAAGUCCUUCACCCCCUUCCCCUCCACAUUCCUAACUUGUUGAGACUGCAACAUAAUAUCAUCCCUCUUUUCUUAUACGCUUUCCGUACAAUUCUCAUCCCUUUUUCUUCGUUUACAAGUAUGUUGUCUUUAUCAUUAUCUCUGAACCAGUGCCCAGUUUUCAUUUGUUAACUCUUUGAUUCCUAUAUAUAUAUAUAUACAUACAUACUAUAUUCUGGUUGAAGAUAUCGUUGAUUUUCGGAGAAUCCCGAAGUUAUGGUGAAAUCAACAGAUGAUGGGCCUGUGUCAAUUGCGCCAUUUUUGAAGAAAUGCUACGAGAUGGUCGAUAACGAGUCCACAGACUCCAUAAUUUCGUGGAGUCAAAGCAAUAACAACAGUUUUGUUAUUUGGGACAUGACUGAGUUCUCUGUUCAAUUGUUGCCUAAGCACUUCAAGCACAGCAAUUUCUCUAGCUUUAUCAGGCAACUCAAUAUCUAUGGUUUUAGAAAAAUUGAUACAGAUAAUUGGGAAUUUGCCAACGAUGGAUUUGUUAGAGGUCAAAAGCAUCUGUUGAAGAACAUAUCUAGAAGGAAAAAUGUUCAGGCUGUUGACCAGCAAAAACAGUCACAAAAACAGGACAAGUCUGUUGAACCAUGGGAGAAAAUUGAAAGUACUGGUUUAUGGAAGCAAGUUGAGGAUUUGAAGACAGAUAAAAAUGCACUUGGGCAGGAGCUGAUUAAACUUAGGCAGCACCAGGAGACUGCAGACAGUAAAUUGUUGCGAUUGAAAGAUCGCCUUCAAGGAAUGGAGAAAAAUCAGCAGCAGUUGCUGUCAUUCUUAGUGAUGGCCAUGCAAAGCCCUAGCUUUUUAGUUAAGCUGCUUCACCCUAAGGAAAACAAUUGGCGAAUGGCUGAGGCGGGAACUAUUCUGGAACAAGAGACAGAGGAGGAUGAGCUAUUUCCUUCUGAUGGUAUGAUAGUCCCUUACCAGCCUCCAGUGGAUGGAACCCCAAAUCCUGCAGUCACAGCAAUAACAGGUUCACAAAAUCUAUCUGAAUCUGAUAGUUUUUUUGAUGGGCUGAAAGAUUUUUGUAUGAAUUCGGAUUUCAUGAAAAAUUUCAUGGAAGAAAAUCAUGCCCCGUUUAUUCUGCCAGAUUUAUAUGAUGAUUUUUCAUGGGAACAACUUCUCUUAACGAGUUCCCUCAAAGAGAGCAUUGAGGAUCCUAAACAUGAUGACGAGGGGUCUAAUGACUGCAGAGUGGAAACAGAUUCAACAGAUUCUGGAAACCACCUGGACAAGGUUCAUGAUUUUGAGCUUCUAAUGCAACAAAUUGAGAAAUCCCAUGACUCGGAGAAAUCUCCAACUAUGGAACUUCUAACUGAAAAGAUGGACCAUCUGGGUUCUGGUGAAACUAAUCGUAAACGAAGACUGCCAUAAGAAGAAACAGAAAA